CCGAGCGGCAGAGACGCCGCCGCCGCCGCCGGUACCUGCCCGGCGCGGUGGAGGAGCUGGUCGUGGGCGUCGUGGCGGGGGCGUGCGCGCGGGCCCUGACGACGCCGAUCGCCAACGUGGUGACGAGGAUGCAGACGGAGAGCCUGGUAGGGGGCGGCGGAAGCGGCGGGCCGCGGUCCUUCGGGGAGAUGUUGGCGGACAUCAGGCGGGAGAAGGGCGUCCUGGGCUUGUGGGCGGGUUACUCGGCGUCGCUCGUGCUGACGCUGAACCCGAGCAUCACCUUCUUCCUGCAGCAGAUGCUGACCAAGAGCCUGGUGGCCCGCCAGGGCUGGGACGACGACGACGACGCCGCGCCCGGCGUGACGUUCGUCCUCGCCGCCGUCAGCAAGGUCAUCGCCACGGUGGUAACGUAUCCGUUUCAGAUCGCGAAGACGCGCGCGCAGGUCUCGCCAGCGCCCGUGGAGAGGGAUGAGGGAGAGGACCUCACGGAGGGAAAUGCUGGGAAGGAGAAUAAGAAGGCCGAGGCAGAGGCAGAGCCGGAAAAGGGGUUAGCCAAGAGUGUUCGCAGCCUGGCCGACGAGACAAUUUUCGCGACGGUUGCAAGGAUCGGGAGAGACGAAGGGUUCAGGGCCCUGUACGAUGGCAUGAGUAGCGAGCUGUUGAAGGCGUUCUUCAGCCAUGGGAUCACGAUGGUCGCCAAGGAUGCCGUACACAAGCUGCUCUUCCGACUGUAUUUCGCUAUCCUGGCGUACCUAAGGAGACACCCGAGGACCCGGGCUAGACUCACCCAGGCGGCGAGUAACUUGUCAGAUGGCCUUCGUGAUGGUUAUCUCAAGGUUACAGCUGCUAAAGCCGACCGGUGGAGGAGGAGCAAAGAGGCCAUCACUACGAAUUUGUUGGAUGGUGGUCAGCCAAGGAUUAUUGUCAGAUAAACCGGUUCGCGACGGGAAAUGGAAGGAAGGGCCUUAUGCAGGUCCGCAGUUUUGAUCAUGCCAUGAUGCUGGACCUUUGCACCAAUAGCGCAUUGUGCUCGAAGGACACUGCUACAUGUUGAUGCCGAUUAGACUAACUAACAUGGCUAGCACUGAAAAGCU